UCAUAGCACGACACACACACACACACACACACACCGUGCUUUUGGUGGGAAUAUGAGUUUCCUCAUUUAACUCAUAAUUAAAAGUAUUAAUAUGUGUUUUCUGGUAUUUAAUGUAAUGCCAAAGCGAGCGGCUAUGUGUCGAGUACAUGACAGUUUCAAAAGUACAAGCGUAGCAGCCCUUGAGGAGUGUUAAAGUAACCAGAGCAACCAGGAAAAGUUCACUCUGCCUAUUGUUUGCUAGCAUGCUAUCACGCUAAGCCAACGUUUUUGUUUUGACGCCGAGGCUUCAUUUACUGCCACUGAAAGGACUCUUUAUGUGUUUUAUUUUGUGUUCACCGGUUGGUUUAUUUUCACUGCACACCGGCUAAUUAAUGCGUCUUUAACCUGCCAAGAAUCAACAACAAACAUGCCAGAAAUCAAACUCAAACACGUCGUGUCCUGCAGCACCGAGGACACUACUCACAAGGCAGACAACCUGCUGAGCUCUGACACCUACAGAAAGUGGAAAGCAGCAAGACCCGGGGAGAAGCAAACAUCAGUCAUUCUGCAGUUCGAGAAGGAGGAGCAGGUGCACAGCAUCGAUAUCGGAAAUGAAGGGUCAGCUUUCAUCGAGGUGUUGGUGGGGAAUUCUUCAGCUGUCAGAGAUCAGGACUAUGAGGUUCUUUUGGUCACGUCUUCCUUCAUGUCCCCCACGGAGAGCCGUAAUGGCACCAACACGAGCCGGGUGCGUUUCUUUGGGCCCAACCAACUGCAGAAGAGCACAGCACAGGAGAAGUGGGACCGAGUGAAAAUUGUGUGUAGCCAGCCAUACAGCAAGAACAUAGCAUACGGACUGGCCUUUGUUAAGUUUCAUUCACCGCCUGACAAAAAUGAUCCUCCAACAACCUCCCCGAAACUGACAAAGCUGGGACAGUUCAGGGUGAAGGAUGAGUCUCCUUCAUCCGGGCCCAGCCUUCAGCCCGGCAGUCUCUUCUUCAGUCGGGAAAAUGCAACAAAGUCCAGCACUGCACUCAAAGAGUCUCCUCAGAGUCAGAAGUUGAGUUAUGCUGCCGCUGCUCUGCAGACUGGUGGCAGCUCCCACCCAUCAGGCCAAGCUUCCUCCUCCAGCUCUGCCUCACCUCAGCCACCAGCAAAAAGAAAAUUUGAGUUCAGCAAAGAGCGACAGUCUGCCUCUGGCCCUCCACCCUCGAAGAAAAUAAGCCCAUCUGGCUCACCUGAGGGCAAAGCUGUGACCCCCAAACACAAGCUGAGCCCAGCCAGCACAUCGAGCCCCAGCACUGCGAAAGCUUCCCCGGCACAAAAGUCUGCUGACAAGAAGCGGGAGUCCCAGUCCAAACCCGAACCUAAACCCAAACAACAGAAAGCUAAAUCCCAGGACAUGCAGACAGUCCCAUUCAAACGGAUGAUGGAGGGUGUGGUGUUUGUCCUCAGUGGCUUCCAAAACCCCUCCAGAGGGGAGCUGAGGGAAAAGGCUCUAGACAUGGGAGCCAAAUAUCGACCCGACUGGACACCCGACGCCACACACCUCAUCUGUGCCUUCGCUAACACCCCCAAGUACAGCCAGGUGAAAUCAGCAGGGGGCAUCAUCGUACGGAAGGAAUGGGUAAUUGACUGCCAUAAGAGGAAACAGAAGAUCUCCCAUAAACGGUAUUUGAUGGAUGGAGCAGAGUCGAGCUCGGAAAGCGAAAUGGAAGUGGACGAUGAGAGUGAAGAGGAAAUGAACACAAAGCAGAGUCCACAGAAACAGGAGAGACAAGUGACCCCCAAAAAGACCCCGGAAAAGAGGAAGGAAGAUGAUGAGUAUGCAGGCUCCACUGAUGUGGAUGAACCAGGUGGUGGUGAUGAAUCUGCAGUGGACACGGAGGACGAGCUACAGAGGGUGGAGAACGAGAGCAGACAGAAGAAAGCAGCAUCAGAAAGGAAGAUGGUGAAAGAGGAGGAUCCAUACGGGGGGUCGACAGAUGAAAACACAGACACUGAGGCUGAGCAGGAUCAUCCCAUCCCUGAGCUACCAGACUUCUUGACGGGAAAACGCUUUUUCCUCUACGGUAAAUUCCCGAACAACGAGAGGCGCCUACUGCUGCGAUACAUCGUCGCUUUUAACGGUGCGAUUGAGGACUACAUGACAGAGAAGGUGCAGUUUGUGGUGACCAGUGAAGGGUGGCAUGACUCCUUUGAAGACGCGCUGAUGGAGAACAGCAAUCUGAACUUUGUCAAACCCACAUGGAUUUACGCAAUCAAUGAACGACAAAAGAUGCUGCCGUAUCAACCCUACACUGUCGUCCCCUGAACAGUGCACUGUAUGUACAAACAAGGAUGUGCGCAGACACUCGCGCGUCACAUCCUGACCAAGAAGCAAUGGAGAAAGCCGUAUACACACAUUUUGACUUUUUCAGAUUCACCACUUCACCUACAUAAAAGCAAUAAACCAAUUAUAGUUCAUUAAUGCUUUUAUAUGGUUUUAUACUUGCUAUUCAUGAAAUGUCUUCAGUCCUCGGAUGUUUUCAUCACAGGUGUUCUCCCCUUUUUGGCCAAGCUGGGAAAAAAAAGUAUAUUUAAAUGGCGUGUGUGGACGUUAAUGUUAGUAUUAGGGUUAGAUUUAUUAUUAGCUUUUAAUUUGAAGGUUGUUAGCUCUUGCAUGGCCAGAAAGUAACAUCUUCAUCAUCGGUGUGCCGCUCAGUCACUUUGGCUUCAUGAACAAAGCACCCACUUCUCUCUGAUUCAGGACUUGUUUGAAUUUCUCAGUUCCUGUGCUGCAGUUUGCUGCCGCUCACCUCGGCUACCUCAGGCUCCGUCUGGAAUGAGUUAUCACCCUGUCCUGACUGCCAGCGGCACUGAUAAGACUCACACUUGUGUAAGCGGGCAGACCAUUAUGAGACCAGCCCAGAGUCAGGUGAAAAGUGCCAGUUAUAUCAGGCUGCAGCCACCAAAAAAAAAAAAAAAAAAAAAAAGAA